GAUGAGUCAGUUAAGACAGCAAAUACAUAUCAGUGAUAGAGAUAGCUAAAUAGCUCAUUUUGGUGAUGGAGUUGAACAUGAUGGAACAAUACAUUUUUGGUGGAUUCAUUGGUUUGGUUUUUGGGUUAAUAUUGUUAUACAUAUUCCUUGAGAAGAGCAGUAAAUGUACUGUAAAGGAGGCACCUAGAGGAGCCAGCGCCAGGAAAAGCUCGGAAAACUUCGUCUGCAGGAAGGAUGGGCCCCCGGAUGUUGUCAUUGUUGGUGCCGGUGUGGCUGGUUCAGCACUUGCUUAUUCUUUGGCCAAGGACGGGCGAAUAGUGCAAGUGAUUGAGAGGGAUUUAAGCCAACCUGAUAGAAUUGUUGGUGAGCUACUACAGCCAGGAGGCUACCUCAAAUUAGUGGAGUUGGGGAUGGAAGAAUGCGUACAUGGGAUCGAUUCUCAGCAGGUCUACGGCUAUGCACUUUACAAGGAGGGGAAAUAUGCAAAAUUGACCUAUCCUUUGCAAGAUUUCAGUUCAGAUGUUUCAGGCAGGAGUUUUCACCAUGGCCGCUUCAUCCAAAGGUUGCGCGAGAAGGCGGCUUCCCUUCCCAAUGUGAGAAUGGAACAAGGAACUGUAACAUCAUUGAUUGAAGAAAAAGGAACCGUUAAAGGAGUUAAGUACAAGAACAAAGAUGGACAAGACGUCAAGGCAUAUGCUCCUCUUACAAUUGUAUGUGAUGGAUGCUUUUCCAACUUGAGAAAAAAUCUGUGUAUACCCCAGGUAAACAUUGUAUCGCAUUUCGUUGGUAUGGUCUUGAACCUGGAGAAUGGCAAGCUUCCACAUCCGAAUCAUGGUCAUGUUAUUUUGGCGAAUCCUUCGCCCGUCUUAUUCUAUCCUGUCAGCAGCACGGAAGUCCGCUGUUUGGUUGAUGUGCCUGGCCAAAAGAUGCCUUCAAUUUCAAAUGGAGACAUGGCCAAGUACCUGAAGACAAAGGUGGCUCCUCAGCUCCCACCAGAACUACAUGAUGCUUUUAUCGAUCAAAUCGAUAAGGGAGACAUAAGAUCAAUGCCAAACAGGAGCAUGCCAGCCUCUCCCCUUCCAACUCCAGGCGCAGUCCUGUUGGGGGAUGCAUUCAAUAUGCGGCAUCCAUUGACUGGUGGAGGAAUGACAGUUGCUCUUGCUGACGUGGUGGUGCUCCGUGAUCUGCUAAGACCUGUUGAGGAUCUCGGCAAUGCAGCUGCACUUACCAAACAUCUUGAGUCGUUUUAUGCCCUCCGCAAGCCAGUGGCGUCAACAAUAAACACUCUGGCAGGAGCCCUGUACAAGGUGUUCUGUCCUGCACCUGAUCAAGCAAGCAGGGAAAUGAGAGAGGCUUGUUUCGAUUAUCUGAGCCUUGGAGGAAUGUAUUCACAAGGGCCAAUUUCCCUGCUGUCAGGUUUGAACCCAAGGCCUAUGAGCUUGGUCGCACACUUCUUUGCCGUGGCCAUAUACGGUGUAGGCCGACUACUGCUGCCGUAUCCUUCACCCAAGCGCCUGUUGCUCGGAGUUAGAUUGCUUUUGAGUGCAUAUGGCAUCAUAUUUCCCAUUGUGAAGUCUGAAGGAGUGAGACAAAUGUUCUUCCCCAUCACCAUUCCGGCAUACAACAGAGGUGCUUCAGUUGUAAUGAAGAGUGCAAUGUUCGACAUGAUGGCAUAAAACUAGCUACUUCCGCAAAACACACCACCAACGAGGAGAAGCAUCCUCUUCAUGCCAUCGUAGAAGAGGAGAAAUGUACUCUUUUUACUGUAUAAUUCUUUUUUAGUUACUUUUGUCAGGUCUACUAGGUUGCUUUAUUCAAUGUUCCCAUACUGUCUUUAUUACAUGCUUCAUAGAAGAUGAAGGAUAGUUUUCCUUUACUUUUUGGGUACAGUGUCAAUGCGGUUUCAACUUCAGUUUCUUUAUCUA